CAUAGCCAAAUGAUUGGUUCCAGCGUGGACUCAACCAUGGCUGAAGAGAAACUUAUAAAUGUUGGGGUUGGUGUUCUUUCUUUUUCCCACCUGUUGCUCUCGGUUGAGUUAAUAGGUAAUACAGCAUUGUAGUAGCAGCCCUCCAUGGCGGACGAAGAAAAAGAAGAACAACGACAAGCAGAAAUGGAGAAGCUACCGGUGGUUUUACAAGUUCAUCCCGUCUUUGCAAUCGCUCCUAUUGAAGAUCGAUACUUGAAGAAGUUCAGAUUUCUCAAGGCCUGGGAGUCGUCGAUGCCCUUGGACCUCUUCUUGACCACACAUGCUCAGUCGGUGAGAGCCCUUCUCUGCUCUGGCGGUACUGGUAUCCCUGUCACCGCCGACGUCCUUCGAUUCCUUCCCUCUCUCCGAUGCAUCGUCACUACCAGCGCCGGUCUCAACCACAUCGAUUUGGCCGAAUGCCGGCGGAGGGGCAUUGCCAUAGCUAAUUCUGGCGACGCGUUCUCUGAAGACGUUGCUGAUUACGCAAUUGGGCUCCUUCUCGAUGUCCUCAGACGUAUCUCCGCUGCUAAUCGUUAUGUCCGACAGGGACUUUGGCCUACCCAGGGCGAGUAUCCUUUAGGCUCCAGGUUAGGAGGUAAACGAGUGGGGAUUGUUGGCCUAGGACAUAUAGGCUCUGAAGUUGCAAAAAGGCUUGUGGCCUUUGGCUGCAGUGUCUCUUACAACUCAAGGAAGAAGAAGCCAUUUGUUGCGUUUCCAUACUAUUCGGAUGUCCUUGACCUUGCAGCUAAUAGUGAUGUUCUCAUUGUUUGUUGUGCAUUGACAAAGGAAACACACCAUAUCAUUAACAGGGAUGUGCUGUUAGCAUUGGGAGAGAAAGGAGUCAUUGUUAAUGUGGGUCGCGGAGCUCACAUCGAUGAGAAGGAAUUGAUUCAUUGUUUGGUGCAAGGUGAAAUUGGAGGUGCUGGUCUGGAUGUGUAUGAGAAUGAGCCUCAUGUGCCCAAAGAGCUUCUUGCCUUAGAUAAUGUUGUAUUGUCUCCACAUAGAGCUGUGUUUACACCGGAAUCCUUUUUGUCAUUGCAUGAUGUGCUUAUAGCCAACUUGGAAGCAUUCUUCUCAGAUAAACCAUUGCUUUCGGAGGUGAAGGAUGAAUGAGAAGACCAUCCAUUAGGUAAUAUCAGGUAAAGGAUUGAAUUCAUAAAUGGUAUUUAUGUAAUCUUCAGAAAAUUGUAUUUUUAAGAGUUGCACAAUUGAAUUUGUAAAAAUAACCCUUUUUAUACCAUAAAAUUAAAGUGAUCUAUAAAAGAACCCUUGCCUCUAUUAUCUACUA